UGCCUGGGAUACAAGCAACUGAGAGAUACAGGGAGAACAGUACUAGGUAGUAGGUCCGCUUUAUCCCCAAUAAUUUAAUCAUGUGAGUGAUUAAAUAAGCCUUUUUUAUCAAGAUGGAGUCGGGUUUUCAGGGGACAUAGUUGAUACCGAGGCGCCGUGCAGGCUGCUUACGAGAAGGAAUGCACAGAGGUAGUCAUUUUCCCGGACUAGGGUGGUCGGAGGAACGGCCCCCGCAAUGAGAGCCGCUAACGUUAGCUAGCUAGCGAAAGAGAAGGACUUCCUGAUGAUAUUUCCAAAAUAAGAAAAGCUCCGACGAGAAAAUGAUUCAUUUGCUUAAAUUUAUUGACAUGGUACAUUUAUUGAUACACUUAAACGUCUCACUAAGGAAGACAUGAGGGGUCUCUGGGUAUGUUGCAACGAUUCGUAGUAUUUAUUUUAUAAAUACGCAAGACCGACACACCUACUGCUUUUACUUUGAAGUGAAAACGACCGUGUUCCCAGCGCACCGGUUGUUAGCACUUGUUAGCUUGACACGUACAAGAAGGGGUGAAGUUACCAGCCUUGAACCAAAACAAGACUUUACAUCCUGUGGUGGACAACGCCGCCUCGGUGUGAAUGGGACCUACCUCGUCUCACUGUGUUUUUCGAGUCAAAUGCCUUUUAAACCGGAGUGUCCGUCGUUGGUUUAAAAUUGGAGCCCCGGUGGAAAUUACGGUUUGCCGUGGAAGAUCAACAUGCACUGUCCAACCCUGACAAACAAGAAGAAGCUCUUGUAGCUGGAGGAGGAACGCCUGCCCUAACUUUUCCUCCUCCUCUUCCGGCCCCCCCCCGGGAUCAAUGACGGGACCCAACUCCCCGAGCCGCUCCGGCACGUCCCCGGCCAAGCUGAGCAGGCAUGGCCGGUCCAAGAGCAGCAGCUCGCACUGCCUCCUCCGCUGCAGCACCACCCAGGACGAUUCCUCCACCUCUCCCCCCAACAACGGCUCCCGGUCCCCUGGGGAGGAAGAGGAGAAGGACGGAGGGGUUCUCUUCUACGUUAACAGGUCCGGUUUUCCCAUCGAGAGCGUAACCUGGGAGAGGAUGUGGUCCCAUGUGGCUGCUGUGCACCCUGAGGGUCAGGAGAUGGUGGACCGGAUACAAAAUGCUGCAUACCUUCCCAAGCAUCCGAUCCCCUCAGUCCCAACCUUCAAACCGUCCAUGUCGGUCCCAGAUUGGCUGGUGGCCAUCCAGAACUACAUGAAGGCUCUGCAAUACAACCACACAGGAACCCAAUUCUUUGAAAUCAAGAAGAGCCGUCCACUGUGUGGGUUAAUGGAGACAGCAAGAGAGAUGAUCAGAGAGUCUUUGCCAAUCAAAUGUCUCGAAGCCGUCAUCUUGGGAAUCUACCUGACCAACGGGCUGACGUCUCUCGAGCGUUUCCCCAUCAGCUUUAAGACCCAGUUUUCGGGCCACUGCUUCCACCACGUUGUGCUGGGCGUCUACUGUAAUGGCCGCUAUGGAUCACUUGGCAUGAGCCGCCGCCAGGACCUGAUGGACAAACCACUGACACACCGCACACUGGGAGAACUGGUGGCCGAGUUCGAGAGCUCCUACAAGAGAUACCAGCACACUCUGAAGAAGGUGAAGAUUGGCCUGUAUGUGCCUCACGACCCCCACGUCUUCCAGCCAAUCGAGUGGAAGCAUUUGGUGCUGAAUGCUGCCCGACUGGGAGCUCAGGAGAUGAGGAAGGAGCUGGAGAAACACGGACGGGACAUGAGGAUGAAGAUCCUUAAAUCGUCUAGUGCCCAGUCCCCAAUCAAGGAGCGGAGCCGGGGAAAAUCCUUGUCACCACGGCGACGACAGAGCAGCCCCCAGCGACGCUUCACGCGCAGAGACAAAUCGCCAGCCUCGGUGGAGAGGAAACCUCCGGAGCUCAGCACUCUCAACGACGGCUACCAGAUCCGCAUCUGAUCCUCUACUUCACCUCCCAAUCAUCCCAAAUCCGUCCAACCUUCUCCGCCACCCUGAUCCUAAAAGCUCUCUACUUGCCACCAACGCAGGAGAGGAGUCCCUGCAGCUAGAGCGAUUUUAAACAGACAAAUUGAACACAAAAAUACGUUUCCAAAACCUUUCUGCACUGGAACAGGAAGAACUUCUUUAAAGCAGAGGAAUCAGACAAAAAGAGGCUGGUUGGUCUGGUUUUUAUACCGGUUUACCCAAGCAAUGAAUCCUUGACAACCGCCUUAUCAUCACACACCUGAGAGUGGCUGCUCUUCGUCUUUCCCACUGACACAUUUCAGUCGUGUAGCUGAAGCACUUACUCUGACCUGAGAUAAGAUCAGAAGAAGUGAUAUCAAUGUAUUUUCUAGGUUUACAUUUCAAUCAGCCGUUGUGUCCUUUGUGACAACAGAUGUAACCGAGUAUUUCUAUGACCCCAUCAGUGACAACGUGUCGCAGAAAAGAGCUACAACAUGAAGUGAGAGAGAAGAAAGGCUUAAUACAAAUGAGUGAACAUAUUCCUAUGUGAUCAAGAGACAGGUAGCUAUGAUGGAAGAGUGACAACAAAAACAUGUUGGCUUCUCUUUGCACUGAACACAACAAAAAAAACCAAUUCAUGUAUUGGUGCUUUUUGGCAUGUUGUCCUGUAAAAUGAUUGGUUAGCCUAAUCCUAAUUUCACUUCUAUAGCACAAUUUUACUUCUGCAGUUAAUGUAUUUUCUUAAGGGAUGGGAGUGAGGAUGAUUUUCAUUUUGUUGUCAGUUUUCCAACAUGGCAGAGGCUGCAGGGACACAGAUCAGAAGGAAGCAGAUUCAAAGGUGUCUGUGUUGUUAUCCCACUUUAUUCUCACAUGCCUGCUCAACUGCUGCAACACUUAAGAAAAAGAUCACUAGAAUAAUGUUCACAAGUAAUGCUUCAGUUACACUUUUGACUUUCCCAAAAAAACUUGAACCACCCGCAGCUUAAAUGAGAUGACUAAGUAGGCUUCCACAUGCAGAUUCUAUCGAUAAGAGUGGACGAGUGUAGAAUAAGGAGAGGGCGUUCGAUAACUUAUGCAGAAAUGAGAGGAGAGUUAAAACGAAGCAAAGAGUUGAAAAGGAGUAAGGAGAGAGAUGAUUCACUGCAGAAGACCAGUGAAGGAUCAUUAGAGCACUGCGGCAAACCUCCUGCCUUCCCUCCCUUCUCAUUUUCCUCUUCCUCUGCCCUCUGUUGACACAUUACUGAAUACAUAACCACAGCCCUGUUUCCAUCCAAGCCUUGUGAAAGCUAGAAAGAAAGCAAAAUCAAACACAAAUGAGAAGUUUAAAUGAAAUUAAAGAUGUUUUUAAAGUGGGGUUGUAUGAAGUACUUACAGUCAGUGUAUUAAAUUAAAUUAAUUUGGAGAAGGAGACCGGAGUCCCGACAUGGAAGCUAAGACACAUACUGGUGUGGACGGGGGCAGCAGGUAAACGUACUUUAGACACCUAAAAAAAUCAGUUUAGCUAUAUGCUAUUUUUUCAAAACUUGACCUUGCUGUCAGACUGCCCCUUCCGACUGAAGCCUUCGUAUCAUCUAUGCUUUUUUUUUAAAGCCAGACAUUUUUGACAAAAACAGAAAUUUGACCUCGCAGAACACAGAAGUCGCUGGUCUACUGCUGCCACCAUCGGUUAGGUUGUGUGUGUUGUUGUGUGACUCUGGCAUUUUAAAGUGCCCGGCCCAUCCACACGCUGCAGAGCAGAGGGGGGUCUGGCUAGUCCACACAGUAUUUUGGGAUGGGAGAAAAAACUCUGCUCUGAUCUUUGGUGGCGCUUCGCUCCACAGAGUGCCACUGUACAUAAAGUUUUGCGAUAGAAAACCCAGACUGGAGAGAUAGUCUAGCUAGCCGUCUGGAUUUACCCUGCAGAGAUCUGAGGACCAGGUAACCAUAGUCCUCAGAUUGGACAGAUAGUCUAGCUAGCCGUCUGGAUUUACCCUGCAGAGAUCUGAGGACCAGGUAACCAUAGUCCUCAGAAAUCCAUUUGAAAAAGCAAAGAAAGCAAAGGGAAACGGACAUUGGCAAAAAUACAUGCAUCCGGUGGAGUUUCCUGAGGCACCGUAGCAAUGUGGAAGUGGAACAUCAAGGAUAUUGACUAGUUAUACACUGACGAUGGAGAAGUACUUCAUACAACCUCACUUCAAUGUUAUGUACUAAAAUUCAAUUACUAGUAAUUCCCCAAAAAACUUAGCAGACGGCCAGUGGAGCUUCGAAUGUGUUGACCAAGCUCCGCUGUAGCCGACCCAUGUGUUCACACAGUAAACUAACAUGAUUUCGGUCUGCUGGCUGCUGCCUUUACAGCUGUUCCACUAACAGCUGGAAUAUCAAAUCACUUCGCUGGUCCGAGCUCAGCUGCAGCCAGUUUGUCCACUUAGGCAAACAAGCAGUGAAGGCAGAUGUUGUUGGCUCAGUGAACACUCUGUAACAAAGGCCUCAUUCAAGACAGAUUUAUCAGGCUGAGGGAUUUAUCACUCUCUGCACGCUGUCAGCGGAUAUUAAAUAAAAGCGGUCAGGACCGCGAGGUCAGAAUCCUUAGAGAGCUCCAGGACGAUGCUUUGGUCACCAAAUGACUCCUAUUAUUGAGAUUUAUCAUGUUUUAUUUCAACGAUGAAAUAAUCCCCUUUGCCCUUUGUUUUAAUACUC